AUGAACCCGGUAACCAACAAAUUGACUCCAGCAGCCAAAUUGAAAAACAAAAACAAGAAAAAAAUGGUGCCUAUAAAUGGUAGUCUAUCUGCAUCAUUUCUAAGCAAUACAUUUAGUGCAUUCUUAUCCUCUCAAUUUGAAAUUCCUAUUACCAACACUUCUCCAACUAUGAGCAAGUGGUUUUCUGGAAAGAUAGAAGCAGUAACAAGGUGUAAGGAAGUUUUUUCUUUGUGGGUUUUGGCUAGCAUUGGCGGUUAUGUAGUUGAGCUAUUCAUGAAAGCUAUGGAGAUAGUUCUCUUUUCUGUAUUUACUUGCAUUCUGGCAUUAGGAGGGUCAGUAAUAGGAACAAUUGCCGGAGCCAUCAAAGGCCAGACCACCGAAGCUGGUUUUCUUGAUGGAGCUGUCAAAGGAGCAAUUAUAGGAGCCAUUGCAGGCAUAGAAUUGGUGAGUUUUUCUGCUGUUGAUGAGCCAUUGUCCAAGGUUGCCCUGUUGAGCAGUUUAUUCAAUGGACAAGUCUUAAUGGAAUGGAUAUGUCCAGCUGUUGCACAAGCCUAUGAGUUGCAUAUCAACACGCCAGAAACUAUUUACAGAGAAGUAUCAGAUAUUUUUGAUAUCAAGGGAGUCGCAGGGAUGCCCCAGAAUAUCAUUCUUAAGCUUCCUUUUCAGCAAUUCAACUCCAGCAAAAUGUUGAAAUUAUACAAUAAGUCGUGCUGCUCAAUUUGCUUCCAGGAUUUUGAGGAUGGAGAGUUGGUCAGGAUACUUCCAAAAUGUGGCCACGUUUUUCAUUUAGAAUGUAUAGACAAGUGGUUAAUCCAACAAGGAUCAUGCCCAAUGUGUAGAACUUAUGUUCCAGACCACAUUCGUGAAUAG